AUAUGUGUGUAUAUAUAUAUAUAUAUAUGACAGCAACAUUCGAAUGGGACUUUUAUUUUGGUCUGGUGGUGUGACGCCAUAAGACUGCGACGCGCUCCUGCAUCUGUUGUGAUUCGGCUGAAGAAAGGACAAACAGACAGAAAACCCCCUGGUGAAGCGACUGAGAUCCAUGUGACACUAUUAUAAAGAUGAUGGUUAUUAAAGAGGAGAGUGAAGACAUGAAGAUUGAAGAAACAUUUAUAGUGAAACAAGAAGAUACUGAGAAACAAACAGACCUGAUGGCACGGAAAGAGGAGAGUGAAGUACUAAAUGAAGUGCAAGAGAAAGAUCAAUAUAACAAUCAUCGUGAUUUCAUUACUGGAGAAAAAUAUUUUAGUUGCUCACAGACGGUAAAGACUUUCUCUAGAAAAAUGACUGAAAAGACAGGGAUUAGAAGUAAUUUCAUCUGCCAACAGUGUGGAAUAAGUUACACUCUGAAAGGAAGCUUUACCAGGCACAUGAAAAUUCACACUGAAAAGCCUUACACCUGCCUGCAGUGUGGAAGGAGUUUCAAACAGAAAGGACACUUUGAUAACCACAUAGGAAUUCACUCUGAAGAGAAACCCUACACAUGCUCUCAGUGUGGAAAGAGUUUCAGAAAGAAAGCACACUUGAAAGACCACUUGAGAACUCACUCCGGAGAGAAGCCUUACACCUGCCAACAGUGUGGAAUAAGUUUUACUCUGAAAGGAAGCUUUAAGAGGCACAUGAAAAUUCACAUUGAGAAGCCUUAUAUCUGUCCGCAGUGUGGUAGGAGUUUCAAACAGGAAGGACACUUUGAUGACCACAUAAGAAUUCACAUUGACGAGAAACCCUACACAUGCUCUCAGUGUGGAAAGAGUUUCAAAAAGAAAGGACACUUGAAAGACCACUUGAGAACUCACUCUGGAGAGAAGCCUUACACCUGCAAACAGUGUGGAAUAAGUUUCACUCUGAAAGGAAGCUUUAACAGGCACAUGAAAAUUCACACUGAGAAGCCUUACACCUGUCCGCAGUGUGGAAAGUGUUUCAAACAGAAAGGACACUUUGAUGACCACAUAAGAAUUCACUGUGGAGAGAAACCCUACACAUGUUCUCAGUGUGGAAAGGGUUUCAAAAAGAAAGGACACUUGAAAGACCACUUGAGAACUCACUCCGGAGAGAAGCCUUACACCUGCCAACAAUGUGGAAAACGUUUCGGCCAAAAAGGAAUCCUUAACAGGCACAUGAAUAUUCACACUGGAGAGAAGCCUUACAUGUGCCCUCAGUGUGGAAAGAGUUUCAGUGAACAUGGAAACUUUUUAGUCCACAUGAGAAUUCACACUGGAGAGAAGCCUUACAACUGCCAAAAGUGUGGAAAGAGUUUCAGUGAACAUGGAAACUUUUUAGUCCACAUGAGAAUUCACACUGGAAAGAAGCCUUACACCUGCCAAAAGUGUGGAAUAAGUUUCACUCUUAAAGGAAGCCUUAACAGGCACAUGAGAAAUCACAAUGGAGAGAAGCCUUACAUGUGCCCUCAGUGUGGAAAGAGUUUCAGUGUACAUGGAAUCCUUUUAGGCCACAUGACAAUUCACACUGGAGAGAAGCCUUACACCUGCCAGCAAUGUGGAAUAAGUUUCACUCUGAAAGCAAGCUUUAACAGGCACAUGAAAAUUCACACUGAGAAGCCUUAUACCUGCCCGCAGUGUGGAAGGAGUUUCAAACAGAAAGGACACUUUGAUGACCACAUAAGAAUUCACUCUGAAGAGAAACCCUACACAUGCUCUCAGUGUGGAAAGAGUUUCAAAAGGAAAGCACACUUGAAAGACCACUUGAGAAUUCACUCUGGAGAGAAGCCUUAUACCUGCAAAAAAUGUGGAAUAAGUUUCACUCUUAAAGGAAGCCUUAACAGGCACAUGAAUAUUCACACUGAGAAGCCUUACACCUGAUCAGUGUGGAAAGAGCUUCAAAAAGAAAGGACACUUUAAAGACCACUUGAGAAUUCACUCUGGAGAGAAGCCUUACACCUGCCAACAAUGUGGAAAAUGUGUCAGCCAAAAAGAUAUCCUAAACAAGCACAUGAACAUUCACACUGUCGAUCUUUAGUGUGCAAAGAGUUUCAGUGAACAUGGAAACCUUUUAGUCCACAUGAGAAUUCAUACUGGAGAGAAGCCUUAAGCCUGAUUUAUACUUGACGCAUCUGCAAGUUAGCUUGGGUGCACACAACAAAAAUUAUGUCAUCACGGUGUUGGCGGAAGUACGUGUUAAGUGUGCGCGAACCCAUUUCGCUAGGUGGUGUGCAAAGCGAAUUUUUUAACUUUCCGUGCAGUCCUGCAUCCAAACCUGACCGAGCAUGUGUCUCUCACCACACUGGCACACAGUUUGCACGUCUAAAUUAGUUGCUUAAAUUUACAAAAUGUGCCAACAAUACCAGAAAUGAUCCCUUAUAAUUCAAAUAAAGGUCCAUGAUUAAUAAAAACGUUCUAAAUGAAACUAAAUGAAAAUGUUUAAUGAAAUUAGAAAACAUUUAAGAGAUCGUUAAUUUAGUUGUGUACAUAUCCAUAUAUUUUGUGGAAAGACUUGCAGAAAUAAAGCAAACCUUGAGGUUCACAUAAGCAUCCUGAUAUACUCAGGCGGAGUUGUUUUUGGUUCUUUGCUUAGGAGUUAAAAGAGGUUCAAAAUACCUGAGCAGCGACUUAGCAAACAUCUCAAGUGGAUUUUAGAUGAAUAUGUAAAUGUGUGCUUUCAAUAAAAGAAUUAACUCAA